UUAAGUUACACAAUCUGAAUUCACAUUUAAUGGUAUUAGAAUUUCAGUUUAAAAUGUUUUAUUAGAUUGACAUGAUGAAAUAAUUUGUGUAUAUUUCUGAGCUACUGGACACCUAAUUGUUUAUGUAAAUCGAUGACAGCAUUUAACAACACAAAGGCAAACAAACAGAGGUAUAUAUAUAUAUGUAUUUAUUUUCUUUUUUUAAGCUUCAAAAGGUGGCAUUGUAAAAUAAAUUGUAAUAUGGGAAACGGUGCCCCCAAUUGUUGUCUGAACUUCGGUUCUUUCCUCCAGCUGGAGUUUGAUUUACAGUGAUUUCACAAAAUAAGAGCAGGAAGAAGGCCACCCUCGCCAGGGGAUUAGCUGGAACAGGAUUGCUGGAACCUAAUUGGCAGGAAAAUAGCAGACCGUUUCAAAGAUUACAAUUUCACAUUCCACUGGCACUGAGAACGAGGAGCUUACACAUGAGCUUACACAACAUGUGUACAUGUUUUUUGGGGGAGGGAAAUUCUUACCAGUUUUUACCUAACUUUAAAACUAAGUCAGCCUCUGCUGUGGCAUCAAUGACAACAUACUAGUCAGGUAGGAUGUACUCGUUUAAAGACUCAUCUAACAUUCUGGGCAGUGCUGGGACUAGUCAUGGUCUCUCUGUCUCUUUCUCUGUCUCUCUUCCUGUCUCUCUGUCUCUCUCUCUGUCUGUCUCUCUCUGGCAUAAAGCUAUGUAGGACGAGCUGUGAGAGUAUCUACCUGCCCUUGCCUCAAAAGUAAAAGCCAUCCAAACUAAGGAAACACUCCAGACAUCGAUGUAUUCUGCUGUUCCGACUAAACAUUCAAGAAUCAUCCAUGGGUGACAGUUUGUGGAAGUUACACAUGGAUGACAGCACUGUGUGAAGGACCACUACUAACAGCUGAAUAACAGGCGUCCCAGGCAGUAAGGUAGACUAGUAGAUGGCCUCGUGGUUUAACUGGAGUGAGCCCCACUACCGGACCCCCCGGAGGGACCCGGCUGACGUGGUGACCGACACAUUGAUGCUGGAGCUGAGCUGGCAGCUGAAGGAGGCCGGGAGGCAGCAGCGGGAGAGGGAGAACGAGUACCGGCGGAUGCAGACAGGAGUGGACUACAGCUGGCUGGUCAACACCCCCCGCGGCACCUUCGACAUCUCUGCAGGAGAGAGGUUGGGCCUGGAGGACCUCUGCUCCAAAAUACACCCUCCCUACUGCGGAGCCAUCAUACUGAGGUUCCGCCAGGCUGUGGUAGAGAAUGAGCCGGAGGUACAGGAGAUGGCAGGCCUGCUUCGCUCCGUCCUCCUGGAGGCCCUGGAGCGCAUGCGGGAGGAGGAGGAGGGUCAGCGCCUGGCCCGCCAGUGGAGCAGCAGACGGGCUAUGAGCAGCAUGUCCCUCAUGAGCUUCAAGUCCCGCGUCAGGAUCAACCCCUUCGGCAGCACCAUGGGCCUGACCUCCUCCGCUGCCAACCAGGGGACUGGUUUCGGUGACCUGAAGACAGUGUCGGAGGACGUAGAGAAGGGCCAGGAGGGACCAGAAAAGGCCCAGAGAGUAUGGAGCAUGCCUGAUUUUAGACACAAAGGCCUCAGUGGUAAAGUGGUCUGAUGGAUGGCGACUCCCCCAGGACAGUGUGUUGGUCCAGUUCAGAAAGGUGUCGUGCAGUAGGCAACUAUCUGGUCAGGGAUGCAGGACACAUCUCUAGAAUCUGACCAGACUGAUCAGCAGAAUGCUGCCUCUCAGCCUCUAUCAUGAAGCAUGGUCAAAUAACACUUGAUCCAAUAUUGGUCAUUUUUCAUCAAUACUUUUACUUUUUUUGCUAUGCUUUGUAUUGCACUUAUUUAUUGGUACCUUUGCAAUGCUAUUUUUGAGGGCAUCAGAUUAUUUUUACAAAGCCAUUUUCUUUAUUACAUAACAGUCAUGUUCUAAUCAGUUCCAGGAGGGAUACCCAACAAUACACACUACUAUAAUUAUGACACUCCCCUUGGGCAGUAAACAGGCUUUAUUGUCAUCCUUCUGGCAAGUCAGUACUGGUAAUGUGUUAUAUUUCAUGGUAUUCUAUAAAAUGGUUCACGUUAAUGUAAUCCUGUUUACUUGUGGAACAGGAGGUUCUCUUUUAAGUUACAGUCAGAGUACUUCAUUCAGGGAUCACUGACUCAUCUUUUUUUUUUCAAUGACAGCAAUAAAGAACUCUCAAAG